CGCUCUCCGUGUCAGGCCUGGGAACGCCCCGAGUGGGAUGAUCCGCUCCAGGACGGGCGCUGGGGCCGUGUCCGGCACUGCCGCUCCUGCCGCGGGAGCCGACCCGGGGAGAGCGGCUGUGGUUCCCCGGUGUAGACGCGGAGCCGCGUCCAGGACCGGGCUCGAUGCGGGGACUCGGACCGGCACCGGCGUCUGGGGGGGCGGCCCGACCUCCCGCAGCCCCGAGCGCGGCUGUGGGCGCUGGCCCCCACCCCAUCUUGCCCGGCCACGACAUGAAAGUGUGACAGGAACCUAAAACAUCCAGGAAACGAGCCCAUACCAUGAGUUCUUAUUUGCUUAUUUGCACCUUACCCAUAUAAAACAUCACGAACAAGACAUUGUUAUCUCCUCUGGCGGCAGGAUUUGGUCCUGAGCUGCAGCUCCCUGUCUGCACAGCGUACUGCGAUAAAAAGCUGGACUCUUCAGUAAAAACCACAUUGGUCCUCAUUCUAGGGGAUGUGGUGUGUUAAAGAACAUCUGGUCUCAAGGGCGGUGUAGGGUGGAUGGGGAGGCUGAGGACAUUUGGGGUCUAGGGGUCUCACAGCAGCAGUUAGGUCCCCAUCCCCCUCUCUUUGCUUCCCUCUCACCCAUUUCCCUGGCAAGACGAGGGAAGAGCACUUGAGCUGGAUCUUCUCCUCUGCCUGGGCUUGUCUUAGGACUCUAGAAGAUGAUAACACCAUGAGUUUUCAUUUUUCUAGGGACAAAGGGAAGGCCGCACUGUAGAGAGACCCUAGAGAACUCUACAACACUCCAAGCAGAAAUCUGGGAUGGGGUUGCAAAGCCAGAGACCCCAACCCAGCAGUGGCAGGAAUGACAUCUGGUGCACACUUCUGGGGCUGAGGUGCAGGCUGGAGCUGAGCUCCUGAGGCUAACAGCCUGCGUUUUCCAGCAGCACCAGCAGGUUGGGUGUGCUGACAUAAAAAAAAAAAAAAAAACAAACAAACAAGUGUCUCCUUCCUCAGGAUCACAAACUGUCCCGAGUACACAGAGCUUUCAACUCACGGGGUACACUGAAUGCUUUUUCUCCUCUUGUCAUCCACCUCACUCCCACCAUCCUUUAUAGAUCCUGAGGUUUCACAGCCACCCAUUCCUGUUUUCCAAGUUAAUGAUUGAAACUGGUUGGAUUUCUGAGAUGCUGGCACCCAGGCCCCAGGUGGCAGGCCAAGGAUGCUUGCCCUCUGGGAUUAAUGAUUGUCCCAGCCACUGACACUGCCUCCAUAAAAACGCAGGGAUGGGAUUCCCCGUGCUGCUUCCCAGCAGGAGGAGAGGAGCCAGCUCCAACAUGAGGGCAGCUCUGGCCCUGCUGCUGCUCCUGGCUGCUGCAGACGCGAUGCACAGAGGGAAACCUUACCUCCAGGAGAAAGUCUGCCAGGAGUACAGGAAGCUGGGAAAGGAGAACUUCAGAACCCUCACCAUCAUUGCCAACAGCCAGAAAUACUCCAAUGGCACCUUCGAGGAGAUCAGCCACCUCGUCCGGGAAAUGGUCUCCCUGGCUGAGACGUGCUGCGCCGACGGGGCUGACCCCUCCUGCUACGAUGACAGGUCCACGGCACUGUCAGUCAAAUCCUGCAGAGCAGACUCGCCCUUCCCGGCGCAUCCCGGCACAGCCGAGUGCUGUGCCUACAAGGGGCUGGAGCAGAAGCUGUGCCUGGCUGCCCUCCGGCACCCACCCCAGCCUCUGCCCCGCUACCUCCAGCCCUCCGACAAGGAACUCUGCCAGGCCUUCCAGCAGGAUCCCCGGGAAUUUGCCGAUAGGUUUCUUUAUGAGUACGCCAGCAGCUACAGCCAGGCUCCCCUUCCUGUGCUUCUGGCCUCCACCAGGACCUUCCUCUCCAUGGUCUCCACCUGCUGCAUCUCCUCUGCACCCGCUUCCUGCUUCCUGAAGGAGAAACUGGAGAGGAAAACCCUUUCCCUACUCACCCUGACAUCAAACCGGAUUUGCUCCCGCUUCUCGGCGUACGGAAAGGACAAAUUCAGCUUCAGCUACCUGACCUCGCUGGCACAGAAGAUUCCCACUGCGUCCUUUGAGGAACUUCUCCCCCUGGCCAAAGACUCUGCGGAGCUGUCUUCCCAGUGCUGUGACUCCGUGGCCGAGGACUGCAUGCAGAAGAAGCUGUUGGAGCACACGGCCAAAGUCUGCACCGCGCUGUCAGCCAGGGACAGGCGCUUCGCCGACUGCUGCAAGGGGAAAAACCUGAUGGAAAACCAUUUCUGCAUCCUGACCAUGCUCCCAGUGCCGGCUCCCAAGCUGCCAGAGGCCUAUGAGCCGACCAACAAGGAGCUGUGUGGCAAGGAGGGGGCUGUCCACACCACCAGGUUCCUGUUUGAGCUGGCACGGGGGCACCCCUGCCUCCCUGAGGCCCUCCUCGCCAGGCUCUACGACUCCUCCAGGAAGCUUCGGGUGAAAUGUUGCUUCAACAAGGACCCCUCCGCCUGCUUGGACAGCAAGGUCAGUGGUGCGGGGGUUCUGGGGGCUUCUCCUGCUUCCCCCCAUCCCGGUGCUGCCCAAAUCCCCGCAGAGGCUUUUCCCAGCCUGCUGACUCCCACCCUCUAUCCAUCCCCAGCGCAAGCGGAUAGAAGCAGAGCUGUUCCCCUUCCUGGAAAAGGCCAACCAGCUCUGCGGGCACUACCACAAGCUGCCUUUCCUCGAGUUCAAGAAGAGGCUGCGGGAAACCCUGGAGCAGGCGGAGCCCGAGGCCAGCCCGGCGCAGCUGGAACAGCUCCUGGAGCAGCGAGUGUCCUUCGCCUCCACCUGCUGCCUCCCGGACUCUCCCCCGCUCCUCUGCGCUUCCAAGGUGAGCUCGGAGCUGGGAGAAGUGUGCAAUGAGGAGUCCUGCCUGCUGGGAUAGGGGCCCGGAGCCGGCGGCAGGGAUGGAGGGGGACGGCGAGGCUGAGCUCGGGGAACACGCAGGAAUGGGGGACAUGGGAAGGGAGCAUCAGGGAGCUGGGCUGGAGGGCGUCCGGCAGAUGGACGGCGUCACCGAGCCCGCAGCUCCCUGCCUCCCUUGUAACCCUGCAGUCAAAAUAAAGA